GGUGAACUGCCAACCGCACCAGUGCACGGCCUUGGAACAUCUACGGGCAGCGAAAGGAGUAAGUAGGAACUUCAUCCAGGUGUCGCCAGACCCCAACUCGAAGGAACAUUUGAAAUUCAUGGAAACGUUGGAAUUAGAGUGUCUCAGCGGGUACCAGAAUUCUGAGAAUUCCUUCACGAAACAGUGCUCCUGUUCCGCGUCGGCUGACAAUAGCAAGGGAGUGUUGGUUGAGAACCCGAAUAGCAAUCAUGGGUCGUCUGCAGAAACAGAUCAACAAGACGCCUGUUCAAAAUUAGAAACAGGCGACACAAGCUCGAUUUGCGCGGAAGAAAACUUGAACUUCUGCCCCGCGGUAGAUGUCGCUGCGGCCACAGCUGAUAGUACUGUUUCACAAGAAGAAAGCUUCAUCGUGGAAGCCACCGUUCCGAGCGGGAAAUACCAACAAGAAACCACCCUGAGCUGCAAACCCGGCUACGUGUUUGCGAGUACGAGUGACGAUGCUCUGACUAGCGACUCUUCGCAAAGGAACAAGAAGCGUGGGUCUUGGGGAAUCAGGAACAAGUCAAAAACAGUGGCUCUCUCAGACAAAAAACAACUGAUCUGCGGCGGUCCGUCCAUGCCGUACGAAUCAAAAAUCCGGCAUUCUGGGUCUUGGUUUCCAGAAAUCAGCACGUUGAAAUGCGAGAAAAACCCUGAUUUUUGCCCCGAAUUGAAACCAAUCCCGAACGGGCAAGUUCUUUCCUUAACCGAUGAGAAAAAGCUGCAUUCCGUUAUAACCCGCUCAGGUGUUACAAUCUCAAACGUUACAAUAGAAUCUGGGAUUUGUCUUGCAUGAUGAACAUGACAGACUCGGACAGCAUUCCACUUUCUGCAAUACAAAUUUCGCCAGAUUGUAGUGCGGAUUGGGACUCCAGAACUUGUCAUGCGCAAUCCUAUGAGAGUCGGUUGGAUCAUGCAAUCUUGCAUCACAGAUUUCGAUAUUCUAUAUGUAACGUUUGAGAUUGUAACACCUGAGCGGGUUAUAUCCGUCGCAACGCUGAAGUGCGACAACGGCUACGAGGUCGCUUCGAUCGGCGGCGUGGAAACGAUAUGCAUUGCAAAUAUGUCUGGGUCUGGAAGGUUGGAACUUGUGACGCUAUUUCUGCAUUCUGAAAAAAUCUGUAUCUGUAUUGCAUGACCUUGACCAGCAAGGUGAGGGGUCCAGCUUGUGCGACAUGGAGAGGGCAUUUCUCAUGCGGAAUAGGCAUCGGGAAGCCCCCUAAAAAUCUGCGAUGCUAGGUCAUGCAUUAGAGGCAUCAUGGGUCAUGCAAAAUAUGCAGGACAAACCUGGCCAUCUUCCAGACCCAGAUAUUUUUGCAUUCGAUAAACGACCGCGGUCUGCAAUUCUCAAGCGGUGUGGGAGAGAUUAGAAACGUUUUCCUGCAGUAGAAUCGCGAACUAUUGCUUAGCGGGAGAAGCGUUGCAGUCGCUGGAAAACGGGAAUCUAAAAACUUUGGAAAAGAACAAGUUACUCGUUCUUCCUAUCAACGAGCAAUUGAAGCAAAUCAACCGCGCGGACUACUGCGCCCCCGGCUACAGCUUUCCGGGGGAGGAUAUCCUGUGCAAAAGUAUCGUACUCGUAGUAAUCGCAAACAUGCAUUACAAAUCUUGCUCUUAAGGCAAAUCCGCAUCACAAAUUUUACUUCUCAUGCUGUAAUGCAUUUAUACGAGUACGAUACUUUUGCAAUGCAUAGAGGAGAUGCCAGUUUGCAAAGAGGGGGACGAGAAAAGCGGGAAGUUGGAUCCGUUGCCUUUUUGUAC